UGACGUCACCCGAGCGAUAUUCUGUGUAUUCGUGCACAUAUUCCUCAGUUCGACGGGGUUAAAAAGACUACACCAGAUCAGGUGUGUUGUUCUUCUACAACCAAAGGUAUUGAUUUCAGACUUUGCCGCACAAGUGGCGGAACAUGGCGACUGCCAGCGGAGGGUUGCAAUGUCCUAGUGCCAACGCUGAAUCUAUUGAGGACAGAGUUCAGCAUGAUUACAGAGCCCUCAUAAUAAAACACGUGCGUUGUGGGUCAAUCAUUGGACGCAUGUGCGUGCCCGAAGAGCACCAAGAAACAGUUAAUAACAUCAUGGCUUUGGAAAACUUUCACCAACAGUCCCAAGCAACAAAGGCAUUCCUUGACUAUUUGAAUACAAACGGGGAACCAAGAGACUAUAACCUGUUUGCACAGAUACUGGAGCUCGAUGGUUAUGUCUAUGUGUCUAAACUACUGCGUGGGGACGACACCCUUGAUCCCAACACACACAAGGAACAGUGCAGACUGAUUCGGUUCUUCUGUAGAGACAUCAGUGAGACGAUCGACGUCAGUGUCCUGUAUCCGAGGCUUGUGGAGGACGACUGGAUGGACGACGAGGACGGACAACUGCUGCAAAGACUGGCUGACAACAACGGCCGAAUCUCCGCUGCUAAAUGGCUUAUAUCAGUUGUACUGCCUCGACGUAAGGAAAACUGGUUCAAACAGUUUCUUCAGCUUUUAUGGGAUUGUGGCUAUAACAGUCUGGUUGAACUGAUUGAUGAAGAUUUCCAUGCCAUUAACAGUUAGCGACUGCGAGUCUUAAUCAAGACAUUGUCAGCCCUGCCGUGCAUUACGAUAUGAACUUUACAUUGCAGUUGAGCCGAUGUCUCAUAAGGCGCACGUCUUAAGGCCCCUUUACACAAGGCUGCGACCUUUGUACCACCUUUGAGCGAUCAAAAACUGGCUAGGUCGUUCAAUGUCGCCUAAACCCAGAAAAUCAUGUUUCUAUGUACCUGCCCAGCAGAUGUUCACCAGUAAGUGCUCGAGUCUGCAACCAAAAUGAAACACUUCAGGUACACGCCCUCUAUUUAUAGGCAGGCUGAGGAGGCACUACAGGUAGCUCAAAGGAAGCAGUAAAGAGGUAGAAGCAUUGCCAUGGUGUCUCAAGGGUUGCCGUGGUCGCCGAAUGGAGGCACGGCGGUCGCCAAAGUCAUCGUUCAAUGCACGAUGUUGGUCGCCCAAAGGAAGCACAAGGGAGGCAGAAGCAUCGCCCAGAUGUACGGGACAGUAUUUCAGCAGAACGCAUCUGUUACCUGGCGACCAUUGGGCGACCACUGCGCCUUCAUUCUGCAUCAGCGGCAAUACUUGUGCCUCCCUGCUGCCUCCUUUAAGCCACCUUUGAACAACCAACCUCCUCGGCAACCUUUGUGCGACUGUUUUGAACAUGUUCAAAAGUUGACGGCGACAAUGGCGUCCAUGGCGAUGUCUGAACCUCCUGUGUACUACAUUGGAACGACCUAGGCAACCAUUCUGCCUCCUUUGAGCCUCCAACGACAACCUGGCAAAUUUUAUGGUCGCACACGGGAGGCACAAAGGUCGCCAUCCUUUGUAAUUAAGGCCCCAUUAGAUCUGCACCACCUCAGGCUUCUUUCCUAUAUUAAGCCUUAUGUAACAGUAAUUAUUUCUGGGGGAUUUUGUGACGAAGAACUUGAAAUCAUACGCGCAUUCUGAUUGGUUUGUCAUGUAUUCUAAAAUUACCCAUUUUAACUAAGUAAGUAUAUUUGUCUUUGUAUUUGUAUUUAGAUGCAGGCAUCAUAGUCCUCUCAGUUUGUGUUGGUGAACGCAGUUCGCGCCCCAGUUUCAACUACAGGGUAUGCUUGUAAUUUCUAGUGUAUUAAUGUAAUCAUUAAUUGCAUUUAUCAUAUUAUUACACAUGUAAAGGGAUACAAUGUAUAUAUAGUUAUUGUGAAUUAUAACACAUCCUUCAAUGUAUUUGUUAAAAGCAUGAGUUCUUUCUAUUUUUAUGAUGUCAUCAAUACGACGCUGUGAAUGAAGAUAAUAUUAUAUGACUGCAUGUGAAUGUGAUGUGCCCUUACAUAUUUAUGUUUAUAUAUAUAUAUAAUCUAAAAAGUGAUUU